AUGUCCGCAGAUUCUGACGAUUAUGUUGUUCGCAAUGUUGAUGCUAAAUUACAACAAGACAGUGAAUGGUUAAAAACUUUUGAAGAAAAUCUGAAGAAGAGUAGAAAUUUGAAUAAUGAGAUCACAACACUACUGGAAAGUUUUCGAAAUCGACUAGUGCAGUUAGAGCAGAGCGUUGUUCCACUGUAUGAAAAAACCGCUCUCUUACGACAAAAGCAAGCAAAUAUUCGAAAAGUAUUAAAAACCGUCGAUGCAAUGCAGCAGUUUUAUGGUCGCGCUGCAGAACUGGAAUGUUCAAUACGUGAGGGGAAUGCAUCUGUGGAAAGGGAGCAGUUCAUUGAAAGAAUGGAACAGCUAGCUGAAGCUAUUUCUUUCUUUUCUUCCCAUCCAACAUAUCAAAAUCAGCUCGAUAGCAUGAGGCUGACUUUUGAAUCUGGUUGUUGUGCACUUGAAAAAGAAUUUCGGAAUAUGUUACUUGCAAAUUCAGUAAUGUUGGAUGCACCAAUUAUCAGCGAAUCAUUAGAUAAUGAAUAUGAAGUAGUAAGUACUCGAUUGCGUGGGGUGGUCACAUUACGCAAUAUUGAACAAUGUGCUCAAAUAGCUCGUUGGUUAUUAAUAUAUAAUCCAGAAGGCUCUGUGAUCAAAACAUAUGCUAGUAUUCGAUGUGAUAAUAUGCUUCGAACUCUAACUGCUGCUAGUCAACAGGGAUCCUCUUCAAAUAGUAAAACCAAUAUUUCGUUAUCUUCGAAAUCAGCAUCGUUGAGACAAGCUUUACGAAAGGCAACUGGUCGUUCUUCUGAAAGAUAUGCAUGGGAAUGGCGUGCAUCAGACGAUGCUGUCGAAAAUAUUUUGCUUUUAUUUGGAACGUUGCUUGCGCUUAUCGAGAUUGAAGCAGAGUUGGUAAGUAAAGUGAUAGCAGACGUGAGUGCCGAGGCCAAAGUACAGCAGUUAUUAUUUGGUCGACCUUUAUUGUAUGUUGUGGAGCGUGCAAGCUCUCUGAUGGAUGGGAUCAAUUGUUCUCUAAUUCCAUUUUUACCUCUUCUCAGGCAUAUUAAUGCGCAUUACUUGCAGUUAUUAUCUCUUGGAAAUAACGCUAUUGAAGAUGUCCCAUAUGAAAGUUUUGUGAAAAAGAUUAACGAUAAAACAAAGGAAUCUCUUGAUGGUUUUUUUGAUCAUUUAACAAAUGACUCCAACAAAUUUGUGCCCACAGAUGGCAAUGUACAUCAAAUUACAUCGAAUACACUAAAUUUUCUGAAUAGUUUGAUGGAUUAUCGGCAAACAGUAACAAAUUUGUUAAUUGCAACAGGAGCAAAAGGGAACCCAACGACUCAUUUUCCGCGUCUUUUCGCACGAGCACUGUCUGCAUUGGGUUUGAAUCUGAAAAACAAGGCAGGAACAUAUAGUGACGAAACAUUGGCUGCUGUUUUUCUCUUAAACAAUAGCAAUUAUAUCCACAAUGCGCUUCAAACUAAUGGAAUGUUUGCUGUAGUUGGUGAGCAUAACUCUCAAGUGCGCUCUUUUUACCGCUCCGAAAUCAAUGCAUACAGCAAAAAAUACCUCCAAAGUUGGAACCGUGUUGUUUCAAUCAUAACUGUAGAUUUGUCUACUUUCGACGACAGAACUACGUUAAAAAAUGCAUUGGUGACAUUCAAUGCUGAACUGGGAAGAUUGAUUAAUGCACAGCAAGAUUACUGUUUUUCUGAUGCCAGAUUAGUGCAUGCUAUCAAGUCAGAAAUAAAAUCAUUAAUUUGUGAGCCGUAUGCAGAAGUCUAUGCGCGAGUGAUGCGUUCCACAGUAUCGAAAGGUACCGAAAAGCACUUGAAGUAUACACCUGAGUCGCUUGACAUGGUUAUUGACAGACUUUUUGACGUCACAGCAUGA